GCGUAGUCGCCCGUCGUCGUCCGUGCGUAUUCGUACGUUUUCGUGUCCCAUUAUCAGCCAGCAGAUAACGCCAGGCCGGUACCGGCCGGUAUCCAGCAUCGACAUCGGCAUCGACAGUCGGUGCAUCGUCGCUGGAAGUGCGCGGAUCUUGCGUAUUGUGCACCUGCGCCCAGGAGGAGCCUAAGCUAACACCAAAAUGGCGGCCACGCACCUCGACAUCGGCCUUCGCUGCAUCAAGUACCUGCUGUUCGCAGUCAAUUCCCUCUUCGUGCUCACGGGGGUUAUGAUAAUAUCGGUCGGCACAACGAUCUACGCCAUUUACGAGAAUUUCUCGCAUUUUCUGGAUCCCAGCUACUUUUCACCAGCCACGCUAUUAAUCGUGGUUGGGAUAUUCAUCUUUAUAAUCGCUUUUAUGGGAUGUUGCGGCGCAAUCAGAGAAAGUACCUGCAUGGUUCUUGUGUUUGCGGUCUUGCUAUCGUUUGUGCUGAUCCUGGAACUCGCCGCCGCUGUUGCUGCGUACGCUUUGCAGGAUGGUAUUAAGGACCUCCUAGCUGAAAAGAUCAAUUUAACAAUGCAUCAAUACGGAACUAAUCAGGAAGCCACGUUUGCGAUUGAUUUUAUGCAAUCUAGGUUACGUUGCUGUGGAUAUAAUAGUUAUACGGAUUGGUACGACAUACCGUUCAAUGAUACAGAUAGCUGGAAACAAGAUGUGCCUGAUUCUUGUUGCUUGUCAUAUUCAUAUUAUUUAGAGUCAGAACGCAGAUUAUGUGAGGACAGAUAUGGGGAUGGCUGCAUCAAUCGUCUUUCUAUUAUUAUUUAUCGCAGCGCACUAUACAUUGGCACAGGAGCUGUAGCAAUUGCCCUUAUUCAACUAUCGGGAAUUAUGUUUGCGUGUAUGCUAGGCCGAGCUAUUAGACGUCAGAAGACAGAAAGAGAGAGGCGUCGCUGGGAAUUACGAGAAAAUCUCGUGAACGGUUAUGAACCCCUGGGAAAAUCUGAUCCUUUCACAACGUUUCCCAUAGUGUAUAUGUCACCGGAUUAUCCACUGAAAGGAAAUCAGAAAUGUUAAUUUUAACGCAAAAAUCAAAUGAUUUAUAAGAUCAGA